AUGCUGGAACGCAAUUGCCUUAAUUUUUGCUCAUAUAUCACUAAAUCUGUCGAGGGUCGGAGCAAAAAGCAAUAUUUCCGACCCAUGACUCUCAAAAUUCUUAGACCAUCUUCUAAAGCUCAAAUUUAUCAACUCUGGAAAUUUCCAUACUUCAAGUACAAUAGAAAAGAUGAAUCUUUUAAAUAG